AUGUCUUCCUUCAAGAAGAGCGUCAUGGGAAUAUUUGAUCGCUGGAAAGCGUCUACGUGCAAGGCAAGCUUGCAGCUGGCGGGCAAACGUUGCACACUACAGAGGAACAAAGUGAUCAAGUGGCAGCGAAUAGCUGAGCGUGAGAUAGCGGAGAUGCUCCGGCAGGGGCGAGAGGAGAAAGCUAGGAUCAAGGCAGAGCAGCUGAUCGCGAAUCAGAAAUUGGAGAGUGCCUAUGAUAUUUUAGAGACACAGUGCGAGCUACUCUAUACGAGGAUUCAGUAUAUUGAUCAGUCGAAAGAAUGUCCUGCCGAUCUCAUCUGCCCUAUCGCCACGAUGAUCUAUGCUGGGGUGCGCUUGACGGUACCCGAGAUGGCUAACUGUGUGAGGCAAUUUGAGCUGAAGUAUGGCCGCAUUUGGUGUCAACAGCAUAUCGAUAAUUCCACUCAAGAUGUAGCGCCGAGGUUUGUAGGUCUUCUGACGAUCACAUCCCCAAGCGAAAGUAUGAUCCUAGAUACGUUGGACGAGAUAGCUGAUAAGUUCGGUGUGGAGUGGAAGCGCCCUUCGACGAUUGAGGAGAAGUUAGCUGAUGCAUUGACUAUCUCGCAUUCCUCAUCUAUACCCGCGUCCACGACGCCGCCUAGUGUCACACAACAGCAGAUCUCUCCUAGUUCGAGUGAGCCUACGGUUCUGCCGGAGUCAUCCUCGACCCCGGAUAAGGACACUACUGGCUUUGUACCGAAUCCGAAGGCAGAUGAGCUUGUCUUUGAGGAUUUGGAUAAGGAAGAACAGUCCAUCAGCAACUCACGUCCUUUCCCUGCGGGCCACACCUCAGCCAGUAAGGCUCUGCCAGCGAUCAACCCACAAGGCACUCCGCGUCGACCGAGUACUUUGGUCGGGUUCGGAUGCCGAGACAAGGUGGGAGAAGGGGAGAUCGGAGAUGCAGAAUUCGAUGAACUACUGCAGCGAUUCAACAAACUCAAAGAUAUCUAG